UAUCAUAUUGUAAAGGAUGUGACGGCUGCGCAGUAGAGAGCGUGAACAUCUGAAUCAUCGAAGAACAGAGGGAGAGAGAGAGAGAGAGAGAGGUGACUGUAGAGUGAUGGGACCCGGCUGAAGGAACAGCAGCGAGUGAUCACUCUCCGGGCUGGUAAUGUCAGCAGGUACACAGAUGUGAAGGAUGACUUCUUGCUCAGAAAUCUGUGGGUCGGAGUAUGGUGAAGCUCAAGCCAGCGGGAACUAUCAGCAGUAUGGAGUCCGCUCCUACCUUCACCAGUUUUACGAGGAGUGCACAGCGUCAAUCUGGGAGCGCGAUGAAGAUUUUCAGAUUCAGAGAUCGCCGAGCAGGUGGAGCUCUUUACUCUGGAAGGUCUGUCUUGCGUUCGGAACACUGAUCUUGUUGUCGGGCCUCGUUGUUGUUUUGGUAGGUUACAGCACUCCGACCAGGAUUGAGGCAUUUGGCGAGGAUGAUCUUCUUUUUGUUGACAGCCAUGCUGUAAGUUUCAACCGUGCCCUGGAUGUCUGUAAGCUGACUGGUGCUGUGUUGUUCUGUGUGGGAGGCACCUCCAUGGCUGUGGGCCUCCUGCUGUCUGCCUUUGCCAAGAGCUACUCCAAAGAAGAGCUGUAUCUGCAACAGAAGUUUAAGGAAAGGUUGGCAGAUCUGCACGCAACAGUCGGUUCUCCCAUAAUGAGAGCACCCACUCCUGGCGAGGGUAAGGUGCCAGUCACACUUUCCAAAGUCCAGAACAUCCAGCCAGCGAAUACAAAGUCGGAAACCUGACAGAAGCCUAAAUAAAGGCAUCACAUCAAGAAGUGUGUUUGAGUAUUGAUUGAAGUGCAGACUGUGUGCGAGUGUGUGUGUGUACUCCUUUGAAAGGUCAGCUAACGUGUCACUUCAAGCUGUUGAGCUUCAAAUUUUGGUUCUUCAUCAUUGUUGUGUUUGACAUUAAAGUUUGGUUUUGAUGUUAUACAGGUGCAGAGUUAAUUUAGAUGAACAAAGUCUAUCAGCUUUUAUUUUUGAAACAUCAGUUGUAGGAAAUAUGUAGUUGUCUAAUUAUAGUUUCCUUUUUUAAAAAAAAACUGCUGGAGAGCAGUUGCUGUGUUGUUGGAAGUUAUUGGUGAUUGGGCCAUAUUCACAGAAAGGAUUAAAAGACGCACUAUAGACACAACAGCUAUUAUUUCAACCCAGUGUCUGAUGGAGCAUCAGAGGAUGAGAGUUAUCACAGAGAGAAUACUUUUUUAGUAGCGUGCACGUGCAUUUUGAUUUACUGUUACACCACUGCAACGACAGGCCAAGUGGAGUCUUCUACGAGAAGUCACAAGAACGUAUUACAAACAGAUCAGAACAGCCCUUGUGGGUAAAUGUUACACUGGCAUUUCCUUCUGUCUUGUUAAGCAUCGGAUAUUGUCUUCUUCACUAAAUCCUCUGGCAGGAUCAAUAGACGAGAGCAGACAGCCACUUAAUCAAACGGCAUAUUUUUUUCAUAAACAAGGUAAAUAAAGAAUUCAUCAUGCCUUCUAUUACUGAUAAAAAAAAAAAAAAACGUUAAAGUUAAUGUUAAAAUAAAGAUGCUGCAAGGGUGUGUGAUGGCAAACGACGCGACAGAUGUGUUAUAUAACAGGGACGUGGAGAACACGGCCGCAGUUUGGAGUCUGUGAUGUGAUCAUACAAAUACGCCGCAUCAAAGAUUUGCAUACUCAUUUGGCAACUAUCUAAAAACUCGCUGACUUGACUCGAGCGUGCGUACUGCAACUUCUAUAACGUACAAGCACAAUAAGCCGUUAACAUGUCACCUUUUGCUGCUCUUAAAAUUGUUUUAGCCGAGUCUCAAUUCAGGGGGCAUCGCCUACAGAGGGUGCAUUCAGAGCUUGUCUGUGUCGAGCUUUGUCCCAUUUCUAACACUGCUUUAAAUGCAGCUAACAAAUGGGACCUUUCAUCCCGAACCAACGAAGGAUCAAACAGGUGGAUCCUCCCUUGUCAGGCUGAUCCCAGAAUUCAAUGUGCACUGGAGACUAAGGAUUUAGAACAAUAUAAUGACGGCUAACGACGAUAAAAAACAUUCGAAGAUGUUAAAAAUAUAAAUAGCCUUCCACUGUGUUUGAAAAAAAACAGACAACUAGACGUUCACAUCUUGAAAUCUCAAGAUGGCCAUGUAGAUCACCAUGUCAAACUGUAGCUCUGUUGCUAGGUGACAGUGGCAAAUGCAAUAGUGAAGUGCAUCUAUGGACCAGACCAUUUAAUUUGGGUUCAGCCUCCACAGUCUGUUCAGCCUUUUUGACACGAGACUUUUGUCUGUAUGGUUCAUGUUUUUUGUCAUUUUGUUAAUCUUUUGUUAAAGCAGAUCACACAGAGAAACAGAGCAAUGUUAGGGUGGUAGUAAAGUGUGCAAGUGCCAUCAAAUGUGCAAAAUGAUGUGUUCUCUUCAAAUCCAUGUGGCAACAACACCGCAUUACUGGUCUGUAGAGAAAUCAAUGAGUGGCUGUGCCGGGUACGCCUGUGUAACUUGACCUUUUAAUAUCAUUCUCCGAGCCUUCUGUCUCAUCCGUGUUGUUUUCCUCCGCCGUGCAGUGUCAUUUCGACACUUCAACACGCACACUUCAGGCUCACACUCAGAGCAUAACGGGCAACCUAACGAUAAUCAAGAGACGUCACCGCAGCAGAACUACGGCACGAGAAGACAGAGCAAGCUGAUAUAAGCAGACAUUCCAGUGUGCUCAGUGUUUAGUAAGUGGUGAAUAAAUGUGCUGAUUUAUUGUUA